AUGAGUAAAGAUUGUUUCAACAACGAACCCCCUCCUGACAUAUUAAAUUACCUCAACCAUAACGAAACAACAAAAGAAAAUUAUGGUUUAUGUUACGAUAAAAAUGAAAAGGAAAUCUUUACUUCAUACCUUUCUGAUAUUAAGAAAAACAUAUGUUUGCCAAAAAGUUUACGGGAACAACUGAUCAUCGAGUAUACGGCAGUAUUCGCUAAUUUGGAGAGCGAUAUCGCGGAGUUCUACUUAAAAUUAGACAACGAGCUACUAAUAAAAUUUCCUUUUCUACUUGUUGAUCAUCCACUGCAUGAAUACUAUCAGUUUGUUAAACUAAACGCAAAGGAAAGGAUUAUAGAAAAGUAUCCAUAUUUUAUACCUAAACCAUUAAGAGAGCUUUUUGAAUAUGUUCAUAAAUUAGAAAUUACGAAAAUAGCUAAAAAUGAGACAAAAACAAAAAUGCUAAAAGAAAAACAAAAGAUUAAUAUUAAGGAUGGAAAUGAAAAAACAAAAAAACAAAAAGAAAAGCAAAAGGAAAAAGAAAAAGAAGAUCAAUCAUAUUCAACACUUUUUAUGAAAUAUAUGCAGUCAGAUGAAGAAAGCGAUGAAAAAAAAAGGGAUGAGGAAGCCAUCAGGGGGGAAGAAAUAUCAGAGGUCGACGACGUCCUGGACAAAAUUUCAAGCACAAAAAGUGAAUCAUCCAUUCUCUCUAUGCGACUUUUUAUAAAGUGCAUAGAAAAGCUAAAGUACCUCCAGUAUGGGUCAAAGGAAUAUGAAUAUUUCUCGAAGAAGGUGCUAGGUAACAAAAACGUCUCAGACAGCGACUUAAUCAAUGUUACCUCCACAGAUUUCCUAAAACUUAUUCUGACAUUGGAUGAACAGAAAAUUACUUCUUGCGACAUAGCUCCUGAUAUUAGAGGUGAUGAGAAUAACUCCGAGGAUAAGGACGAGUUUAAAAUGAUACAAGACUACAGAAGAGAACGUGCAAAAAUGAUUCUCCAUGGAUUUAAAAAGAAGUAG